AUGGCUCUGGCAGCACCACAACCGACGCCCCAGCGUCCUCUGCCAGGUGCCUUCUUCAAUACCCCGGCUCCUGGUAGACCUGGCAGUUCAGGCCAGAUGCCGCAACCACCUUCUUUCCGCUCCAAUGCCGCUGCUACCUUGGCUGGAUACCGCUCCGGUCAAGUCGCUUCACGCGAUGCCCCAGCUCAGCGACCUGCCACUGCUACCCAAGAUACCCUUGCGCCCAUCGAACGCGCCGCGCGCACAGUCAACGAAGCCCUUCAAAGCGAGGCUCAGUACCCAGCCCUCGACAACUACGUCGGUCAGGGCAUCUCGAAUGAUUACGAUACCACUUUCAACAACGCCUGGCAACCCUUCCAGCGUACCCGCAGCUAUGAUAUUCCCGAGCAAAUCUUCGAACAAGCGAACAUGGCCCAAGUCUCGACACAUCUGGGCCUCUUCGCAGAGCUCAAUCACGCCUUCAUCGUUAUUGACUCGUCGCUAUACCUCUGGGACUACACACAUCCAAACCCCGAGCUCAUCGGUUUCGAGGACCAGACCAAUGCCAUCACCGCAGUCAAGCUGGUCAAGCCGCGCAAGGGCGUCUUCAUCGAGUCCAUCACACACUUGCUGGUUGUCGCAACUCAUGCUGAGAUCCUCCUCAUCGGUCUAGCAGCCGCCCGAUCUGCACACGGUGGCUGGGCUGUCCAGCUCUACUCGACCAACAUGAAAGUACCUGUCAAGGGUACUUCCAUCAGCUACAUCGAGUCGUCGGACAAGACUGGGCGCAUCUUUNUCGGCGGAAACCAGGCUACUGAUGUAUGGGAGCUCACUUACCAGCAAGAGGAACGAUGGUUCGCCAGCCGAUGCUCAAAGAUCAACCACACAAACUCGGGCAUCACAUCUGCCUUCCAGCUGUUGCCUUUUGGUGCUCGCUCAGAGCAAGAGCACAUCAAGCAGAUGGUUGUCGAUGACUCGCGCGAUCUGCUCUACACUCUGUCGUCUUCUUCGACCAUUCGCGUCUACCACAUGAAGCCAAACAACGUCCUUGAUCUGGCCUUGUCACGUCCCUUUACCAGCCUCUUGGCCCAGAUCGCCCACAUGGUCCCCAGCUCCGAUCUCCUCGCACGCAACACUUCACUCGUCUCCAUCAGCCCUAUCUCGGCUCAAGAGACCAACAGACUCAGUCUGCAGGCUCUGACAAGCACCGGCUGUCGCAUUUUCCUGAGUGCCACCUCGGGUGCCUUCUAUGGCAGUUCUUCCUCUUCCGCCCCGACCAGCAUGCAGGUCCACCACAUCAAAUUCCNNCCCCCUAAAGACGGCGAAACAGCUGCUCCUCAACCUCAGCAACCCCAGUCAUCUUCCACUUCGCUCGGGCCGUAUUCUUCCAACCCUUCGACUUUGGACACUAAUACUCGCUUUCUCGCUAACACAAAGGCUGGCGUUAGAUAUGCCCCUGGUUACUCAUGUUGGGUCGUACCAAAUCCCCAAGACCCUCACAGAGACUCCAUCUUCUUCACCGCUCCUGACUCUGGACGCAUCAAAAUGCCUCGCGAUGCUAGCCAUGCUACUCUUUUCCCCGAAAUCGGCAUGUUCCUUGAACUCCCUUAUCCCUCCCAAGGUAUCGGUCUGGUCAGCCCUCCUUUUGCUGCAGCUUCUACUCCUCUAGGUUUUGCCAAUGAGCUCGCUGUUCAGUUCGAUCAAUCUCCUACCGAAAUCGCUGUUCUUACCAGCACUGGUGUACAAAUAAUGCGCCGCCGCAGACUGGUUGAUAUUUUCGCUUCUCUCGCUCGGUACGGUGGUGAUGCUGAAGGCCGCGACGGUCAGGUGAAAAAGUUUAUCCGCAACUAUGGUCGCACCGAGACUGCUGCUACUGCUCUCGCUGUUGCUUGCGGCGAAGCUUCUGAUGGCAACGCUGAUGCUCGCAUCACCAACAUUACAGAACCAGACAUUGUCGACUUUGCAAGAGAAGCUUUCAUCACCCAGGGAGGCAAGCCUAUGCUUAACGAGAACUCUGUCUUGGACAACAACACUCCUGCUAUUGACAACGUCCGCCCCUCUCCUAGACAUGACGGUAUGGCAUUGUACAUUACACGAUUGGUGCGGUCAAUUUGGAGAGCUCCAGUCCUGACACAAAAGGUUACUCCUGUUGGUGGACUCGUUGUCACCUCAACUGUAGCCCUCGCUAAGCUGCAAAACAUUCAACGUGCCCUGAACUCCUUGCAAGAGUUCUUGAACAAGAAUAAGAGCUCCAUUGAAGGCUUGUCUGGACCCGAAUCGUUGGGACGCGUCGCCAACAAGCAGGAUGAACUUUCUUUGCAGGGUGAACACCGUGCGAUGAAUGCCCUCAUCCAGCUCAUCUCAAGCAUUAUCGAAGGCAUUGCCUUUGUGCUUGUUCUCUUUGACGAGAAGGUCGAUGAAAUCGUUCUAUCUCUUCCCGAGGGUUCUCGCGAGCGUGCCAGACAACUGACCUACGAGGGCCUGUUCUGCUCUCCUGAUGGCAGAAACUUGGCUAAAGAGCUCGUCAAGGCAAUUGUGAACCGCAAUAUUGCCAAUGGGUCGAAUGUCGAUACAGUAGCAGAAGCUUUGAGAAGACGCUGCGGCAGCUUCUGCAGCGCCGAUGAUGUUGUCAUCUUCAAGGCUCAGGAGCAGGUCAAGAGAGCAUCCGAGGCUGGACCCACGUCUGAAGCAAGUCGCAGACUGCUGAACGAGAGUUUGCGACUCUUCCAANAGGUGGCUGGCUCGCUCUCUAUGGAGCAUCUCGAGUGGGCUGUAUCACAAUACAUCCCUAUGUCCUUUNUCGCUGGUGCCAUCCAGCUUGCAUUGACUGUCGCACACGAGUCUGACCGUGCAAACCGUGCUCUCUCAUGGCUAAGAGACGACUGCCCUGAAGACGUAUGUCACCUUAAUCCUUGCUUCUCAAAUCAAGCUAAUAACUCUCAGGACCCACGACAGAAGGCUUUCGAGGGCAGAAAGCAAUGCUACGAUCUGAUUCACCAAGUCAUUGUGUCUCUCGAGCAGACAUCAGAGGCAAACCCUGAUGGUGCCUAUUCCGUUACUGCCAAGAGACAAUCCGAGGCUUACGAAAUCAUCAACAAUUCGGAAGAUGAAGUCUUCCAAAACAACCUGUACGAUUGGUACAUGGGCCAGGGCUGGAAUGACAGACUUCUGGAAAUCAGCUCGCCAUAUGUUAUCAGCUAUCUGCGCAGACGUAUGGACAAAGAUCCCGACCAUGCAGACCUGCUCUGGCGUUACUACGCACAUCACAACAACUUCCUCGAAGCCGCUUCAGUACAACUACUGCUUGCUAAGAGUGGCUUUGACCUAAAUCUCGAGCAACGCAUUGGUUACCUCAGCCGUGCGAGAACCAAUGCCUCAAUCCGCACAGUUUCCCUGCUUGAUGCUGCACAAGGCAGACAACAACUGCUUCGCGAAAUCACCGACCUCCUAGAGGUGGGCAACAUCCAGGACGACAUUCUUCAGCGUAUGAAGUCAGAUCCACGUCUGACAGAGCAACGCCGACCUCAAGUGUUGAAGGCACUCGAUGGCCAGAUCCUAGAAGUCGCCGAGUUGUUUAAUCAGUACGCCGAUCAAGCAGGCUACUACGACAUCUGCAUUCUCAUCUACCACUGUGCAGACCACCGCAACCCUGCAGACAUUCAGUCGACCUGGCAACUACUCAUCGAGCAGGUGCACCAAGAAGCAGAGAACAGCGACCAGAUGCAACCAUUCGAGGCAGUAGCGCUGAAGGUGCGCUCCCUCGGCCAACGUUUACAUGCCGCAGAGGCUACCUUCCCCAUCCCUAUCCUGCUGCCAAUGCUCCUCCGCUACGCCCUCGAGUACCAACACAACGCUGCUUCACCAAUGUGGGUCAUGGAUACCUUCCUCGAGCUCGACAUUCGUCCCUCAGCGUUGGUACCCGUUGUCGAGCAGAUGUACUACACUAACGAGCAACCUUUCGUUGGCAGACAUCGUCGCAUCCUUGCCACUGACCUCGUAUACCUGAUUCAAGCAUGGCUGCGUGAAAGUGAACGCCACGGCGACAGCGUUCUCUUUGGCAGCGACGACAGUGCCGCUGGCAUUGACGAGCUUCUCACCAGUCUUGCUGGGAGCCAAGACCUGGACGCGGCAAGUCAGCAAGCCGUGGACACUCUGAGAGGCAGAAUUGCUCAAGCUAUGCGUUGA